ACUGCUUAGUGGAACACACCCAAGAUGCUCCGCUUGCUGCAGUCUCUGGUUCUUCUAGCCACCCUCCGCCUGGGCCAGGGACAGGCCAUCGUUUCCUCUGUUCAGUUAAAUUUGACUCUAUACAAGCGGAUGCCCGCCUUGUACCAGCUUGACGACUACGACCUCUGCCUGGGAAGCGACUCCCGCACCUACUGUCUGGUCUAUGCCGAGAUCGUGCCGAAUGCCAGCUCCACUCUGUGGCAGCAAAUCCAAGGUCUCUCCGGGGAUGUCAAGCAUCGCUUUCGGCACGAUCGCCUCUUCAGGGGUAUUUGCCUGGAGCGCUGUCAGCUCAAUCAUCAGCACUUGUACGAGGGAGGGGUCCUAGAUGAGGACCUGAGCUCCUACUAUUCCAGAGUGCAUGGACGAUCUGCAGUAGAGCGCCUGCUCAACGAUCCGCUGGUCAAUAGCUGUUUGAAUCUGGAAUUUAGCCAGAAAUUCUCGUUGCGUGUACGCAGCCUCAUCGAGUAUUGCGUGAAGUCGGGCGAAAACUUGCCGCACGAUGCCCUUGAUCUAACUGUUUGCGCUCUUGUGGCUGCUAUCCUGCUGAUCACUGUAUUAUCCACCCUCUACGAUCAUAUUCUGAGGAAACGCGACUCCCAGGCAGACAACCUCUUCUAUCAGCAGUGCCCACAGCAUUGGAGGGAGCAGCUACUCACCUCCUUCUCGCUGGUGCGCAACUACUAUCGCCUGACCCUGGCCAAUGGCAGCGACUUUGCACGCGAUAUUCGAUUCUUCGAUGCCUUCCGGGUGAUCGGAGUGUUUGUUGUGAUCUUGGGCCACACGCUGAUGGUUUUCAUGACGGUGCAGAUUGAGAAUCCCGAGUUCUACGAGCAGUUCCUUUACCGAUUCGAGACCUCGAUCUUCCAGAAUGGCAGUGUGUUCAUCCAGAUCUUCUUUGUGAUGAGCGGCUUCCUUCUCUAUGUGAACUUCACCGAGCGCCAGCUGGUCCACCCAAAGUCGGGGAUUCUGGAAUGCAUCGGCGUUUACUUUCGUGUGUUCUUCUACAGAUACUUUAGACUCUUGCCCUCGCUCCUGGCUGUGAUCCUGUUCAAUGGCUCGUUCCUGGCCCGCCUGCAGAGUGGACCCUUCUGGCGGCACCUGACAGAGGCCGAGCGAGUAUUCUGCCGCGAGAACUGGUGGAAGAAUGUGUUCUUCGUGAAUAACCAUAUGCUGGAGGACAGUUGCUCCCAUCAGACCUGGUAUUUGGCGGCGGAUAUGCAGCUCUUUGAGCUCUUCCUGAUCGUCAUUGUUAUCAGCAAAAAGCAUCCAAUACUGGCUAAACCCAUCUAUAUUGUUCUAUUCCUGCUGGCUUUCGGCGUGCCUGCAUUUCUCACAUAUCUCCUGAAACUCGACGCCGUCUACCACCUUCGACCAGAGACAUAUCGAUACUUGUACUUUCGACAAUCGGACACCUUCUACCAGAUAUAUCCGCCCUUCUAUACCAAUCUGGCCGGGUAUCUGCUGGGCUUCAUUUGCGGAAACCUCUACCUGAAUCAGCGCCACAGUGCCGUCGUCUAUCGCGGACAGCGAAAGUACGAGCUAGGCUUGUGGCUGCUGGUGCCGGCUGCCUUGGGUCUGCUCCUCUCCGGCUACAUAUUCAUCAGGCACGACUUCGAGAAGCCGUCGCUGUGGCUGGCCCUCUAUGCGGGCCUCUACAGAAACCUGUGGGUCCUGAUCUGCGGCGGAUUCGUCUACUUCAUGUGCUGCAAAGUGGGAGGUAUCGCCUAUAGAUUCUGCACUUUGCCGGUGUUCCGUCCUCUGGCGCGGAUCUCCUUCCAAGUAUUUCUCUGGCACAUUGUCGUCCUGCGCGUCGUGGCCGGGUACUUUCGGCAGCCGGUCUACGUGACUAGUUUCUCCUUGUUCUCCAAUGUUGUGGUCGUGUUCGUUUUGACUCAUGCGGUUGCGGCUUUUGUAGCGCUGCUGUUGGAAUACCCCAUGGUGGAGGUGGUAAAGUGCCUUUUUAUGACGAGCAGAGGAACAACGAACCCGCCAGCAAACAACAAAACAACAGAAAUUCAAAUGGAAAACGCAUCAACAGCUGCUUAGUGUUCCAGGGCUGCAGCAUUAACAAUGUGUUUGCAAAUAAAUUCCCCUUAAAUAUUAGAUAUUCGCAAUCGGUUUGAAAAACAUAAGAAAAUGGAAAUACCCGAUCAUAUUCAAAAUUAUGCCGGAAAAUGGUUUUAUGAACCAUAUUAGUGAUUGUUAUUUUGAAAUAAAACGCCCAAAACUUCCGCUUAUCGCACAAAAAUAUCGAUAUUUUG